GACCCAUUUUGUUACUAACCCUAAAAGCCGAAACCCUAGUGUGUUCUUUGCACUUUCUCAUCGUCUAUUCUUUGUGUCUCACCAGCCCUAGCCGAAACCCUAGUGCUUCCAUUUCUUCUACUUGAGCACUUUUCAUUUGUGAGGAUGGUGAGAGUUAGUGUCCUGAAUGAUGCUCUCAAGAGCAUGUACAAUGCAGAGAAGAUAGGAAAACGACAGGUCAUGAUCAGGCCAUCCUCAAAAGUGAUAAUCAAGUUUCUUAUUGUCAUGCAGAAGCAUGGUUACAUUGGAGAGUUUGAGUAUGUUGAUGAUCACAGAUCUGGAAAAAUUGUGGUUGAAUUGAAUGGAAGGCUGAACAAAUGUGGGGUUAUUAGUCCUCGUUUUGAUGUUGGGGUCAAAGAGAUUGAACCUUGGACGGCAAGAUUGCUCCCCUCAAGACAGUUUGGGUACAUUGUGCUGACAACAUCUGCGGGUAUUAUGGACCAUGAAGAAGCUAGGAGAAAGAAUGUUGGUGGCAAAGUACUUGGCUUCUUUUAUUGAAACUCGUUUCAGAGAAUUGUUUUCAGAAUUUGUGAUUUAGUGUUAUUUUUACCCCCUUUUCUAGAAUAGAUGAAUUAUGUUUUAAGCUGAAGUUUUGCAUUUGGGAUCUGGGAUAAUAUUCAUGCAUUUAGUUUUGAUUUGCUGUGCUUUUGUUUAACAUUUUGUGAAACAGAGAGUAAUUGAUCAAGUCUUCUUUUCUAUAAU